AUGCGCGCCUCUCCUUCCUCUACAUCGCAGCUGGCAGUGGCGACCGCCCUGCUGUUCCUGGUCGCCAACCACCUUGAUGUGACAGAGCCUGCCCAUUACGGCAGCCCCCAGAGGCCCACUGCCGUCUGCCUGCUGGGCACCACGACCCGCGGCGCUGACGCUUGCCGGCUCGCCUACAUCUUCGGCGGCGUGUCGAUUCUGGCGACGCUGGGCCUGGGGCUGCUGCUGGUGCUGACCUGCAAUCUAUGCGGCGUGGGGGCCGUCCUGGACGCCAUGUUCGCACUGGCUGGAGCCGCGUGGUGGGCCACGGCUGGCAUGGUAUUCACAGGCGUCUCCCGCCGCCCCGAUGUGCAGAAGCUGCCGUUCCCUGCUCGCCGCGACUGGGCCGUACUGCUCUGCUGGCUCGGCUUUGCACUGUUCGCAGCUGCGUUUGUGACCAACCUGGUGCGCGUCUACCUCAAGUGCUGUGGCGAGGAGCGGGGCAGCGGCCUGCCCACAAAGCAGCAGCCAGUGCAGGGCGUGCCAGUGGCGCACACCGCGUCGGCGCUGGUUGCGGCCAACCAGGCACUCUACGGGCCCUACGUGCGGCCGCCACCAGUCGCGGGCUACCCCACAGUGUCGGGCCCUGCCGCUGCGGCGUACGCAUACCCCGGUAUGACAGCUUACACGGCGCAACCAAACAAUUGCAGCCAGGCUGCGGCAGGGCAGAAGGCGGCGCAGCCGAUUGUUCACUCAGUGCGGCAACAGCAGGUACCGACCCGCCUAUUUGUGGCAAAUGAUGUUUUCGGGCCCAACAUGUACUGGGGAGUUGCAGCUGCCCGCCAUUGA